AUGUGUAACGUGCCGUUAUUAUUGUCUUCAAUCCAAAAUAGGAUAGACUCUUCGUACCACGACAGCACAGAUACGUCGCUGAUUCCUGCGCUGAACUCCGUCGCGGAGAGGCUUUCCAACAUGGCUGUGGCGCCGAACAGUUCGGAUGCCUGUCUCAGCAUCGUUCAUAGCCUGAUGUGCCACAGACAAGGCGGCGAGUCGGAAUCGUUCGCCAAGCGCGCUAUCGAGUCUCUUGUCAAGAAACUAAAGGAGAAAAGAGAUGAACUUGACUCUUUGAUCACAGCUAUUACGUCGGGAGGCACACAUCCUUCGAAAUGCGUUACAAUCCAACGCACGCUAGACGGAAGGUUGCAAGUCGCUGGCCGAAAAGGCUUUCCGCAUGUUAUUUACGCGCGAAUUUGGAGGUGGCCGGAUUUACACAAGAACGAGCUAAAGCACGUCAAGUACUGCCAAUUUGCCUUUGAUUUAAAGUGUGACAGCGUUUGCGUGAAUCCUUACCAUUAUGAGCGAGUUGUCUCGCCUGGUGAGUACACAAAAUACCGAGUUUCAAUAUUAUUAUUGUAUUAUUUUUAAAUAACAACUGCCCCAAUCUGCUGGUAGAUGGCUGCUUCGGCAAACUGUUGAGCCUGAUAAUGCGUCGUUUUUCUGUACAAUUAAGAGAUUGUCUUUGAUGGCUUUAACGUCAAGUGAGACUAACUGCAACCUUGUUAUUCCACAGAUAUCACAGGGCUGGCAUUGUCGAGAAACCCAGGUACAAUUUUAUUUGAUUUAUGAAUGUGUUAAUAUCUAUUCGAUCAUUGACGGGUUUUUUUUGCGUGUUUUCUCGAUUUUUAUCCCCAUGCUAUGUACUGUUAUUUCAUUUCGUACUCGUGAUAGGUAUUUGUUUUAGCGUUGGUUAAUGUCUUGUCUUCUACUGUGGCUUUCAAUGUGUAAUCAUAAUCCUAGUGAUCCCUUUGUUGAGGCUCAGACAUUCUGUCUGCUCCACAACACGUGGCCGGCUCAGCCAUCUUUUAGUGUUCUAGUUGGUUGGCAGUAGACAAUGGCUCCAGCCAUUUCCUUGCUUUGAAGAAAGUUUCCAUAGUAGGUUCCAAAAUGUUGCGAUUUCGAGUAGAAGGUGGUAAUGGUGGUAAAAGUUAAGAUCAUUAGCAGACAAAGGGAAAGUGAUAAAGAAUGAUUAAACAAAAAUGGUCAACGGGUACAUAUGUUGACUGAAGAGUCACGAUAUAUGCCAGGGGGUCUCAGUCAACUCGUGGUUUCCUUGUUGACAAUAAUUUUAUUGUGCCUAUUUAUAGUAAGUAUCCAGAUAUUGCUUCCAAGCUUAAAUGAUCAUAUAAGAAGUCUCUUAUAGUGCAAUUUCGCAGUAGAAGCAAUUGUGGAAACACUUCUCAAACUUCUGUUGUUUAAAACAGCUCUUUAAUCAGCUUAGCAGCACAUGCCUUAUUAUUUUGCUAAACCUCCCAGAAUACCACAUAAAUAUAUAUCUGAAAUCUACUUGUGCUUUUGGCAUUAAACAUUUUCCAUCAUCAGUUUUGCCUUUUUCUUGACUAACAGUUUUGUUUUUCCUCAAACACUAAUUAUAUCAGUUUUACUUUUAAAGUUCACACCUUGCAUUUUAUGCAUCUUUUUCACAAACAGGAAGAUCAAAAUUAUUGAAAUAAACAUCAAACCCUUUAUACAUUCUUAUAAUACCAGCUCCAAUACCAGCUGAUAAAUCUUUUGAAUUUAAUUUACAACUUGACUGCCUGGGCAGUGAAAGAUUUUCUUUUUGAAGUAACUAGCUGUUUUAGCACUUUUUAAAAUUUUGUGUUGUGAUUCACUUGUAAAUGAGUGGAGUUAACAUCUGUCACAUUGUAAGUAACUUCACCUUUAUUGUUAUUAUGUUGAACUACCAAGUGAAAGCUUUUGAGAAAAAAGAAAGAAACAGAUCUAGAAUAGAGCUGCAAAUGUUGUUGCUGAAAAGUUGGGUGUUCUUGGUGUUAUAUUUAGUUGACUAUGCUGUAAAUAUUUUCAGUAACCUUUCAAUCCUUUAUAUGAUGCCAUUGGUGAUUGUACUGUGCACAACCAAUUACAUUAUCCACUAGAUGAGAGUCACAAAGAAGAUUUAAUGCUAUUCACAGGGCUUCUGAUAGGUUGUGGAAAAAAACUCAAAUUUUCCCAUACUUGCUUUCAGAGUCAAGUUAGAGGAAAAAGUGGCUGAUUUCAGAGGAAAUUUGUGGGAAUUUUCAGGGCAAAAAAUGAAAGAACCAAAAGAAAGCCUACUUGUUGUAUUUUACCCGGCAAAUUUCAUGUGAGUUAAAAAAGUCAUUAUAGAGUAGAAACAUUUAGCCAGACUUUGAGAUGGGUUGUAUGUGUAGUGCUCUCAAGUACAGAAUACUGAUGUUUUAUCAACACGUACUAACACAUAGCUUUUUUUUCACUGACAGCAAGUUAAAUUUAGAAAUCAAAUUCAGAGGGAAUUGUUUUGUUUUCUCUGCACCAAUAUUUUAGAUAUUAAUUAAACUGGGUGAUAAAAGCUAAAAUGGACAGCCUUAUGUAAGUUUCUAGGAGGCCAUAAACCUGAAGUAUAGUAAAUAGUACAACUGUCUUGUGAUCUGAUGUUUUUCCAGAGGGCAAAAAAUUGUUCAUGAGCUCUAACACUAUACUUCAUUAUUGAAAGGAAAGUCUUACAAUGAUAAAAUUGUAGUACGUGUAUUGUGUUUGCUCUGCAGUGAUCUACAGGACACUGUCUUGUGAGUGAGGCUUUAUAGGUACUCACAAUGACCCAUCUUCAUCAAUAUUUUUAAUUACCAAUGAAAACACACUGGAAAAUAGACAGUUAUUAAAAGACAGGCAAGUUAUAUUUGGAGGUGUUAAUUUUGUAAAAAUUUAAUACCUCAUUAAGAUUUACUUAGAAAGGAUUUAAUCAGAGCUUACUGUCAUUAAGCACAGAUUUGAUUAGAGUUAAUGCAAGCAUACACUUGAAAUCCGUAGUUGCAGGUACCAACAAUUAUACUCUAUUAUUUUAUUAAAGCAUUUUAAAUCACGUAUUUUUAUUUCCACUUUUUACAAAUAAUCAUUGAACCAUGAAAUUUUAUACAUUCAACUUUUCCGUUAUAUUAUAAACUAUAAUACCACAAGAACUUGAGAGGGAAGCACAACUUACUAUAAAAAAUGGCUUUUAGUAAUAAUGUGAUAAGAAUCAUUGGCAUUUAUUAUUUUACCAGUAAAGGUAUUAGCAUUCUUUUGUUAUGAGUAUUUUAAAUACUCUUAGUGCAUGUUUCCAAUGCAAAGCCCAGAAAAGCAAAAAAAAAAAAAUAGGCCUUUUCCUCUUACAAUUCUGCAGGCCCCAGUAUGGAUAUAACAUUAAGAAAACCAUCCCUUUAUAAUUCAAUGAAUCAAAUAAAAUGUUAUUGAAGAUAAAUAAAAAAAAGUCUAAUUACACAACAUUUCAAUGUCGCCAUGACAUACAUGUACAUGUACUCUGCAUCUCACUGAUCACACACAUUGGUAAUUAUACACCAUGCGUUGUUGAUUAAUUAAGGGUUGUUUGGGCUCACGCAUUUUAAGAUCACCAAUUUUUUGGUGUGUAAAUACUGGUUGAAGGAUGUGGUCAAUUUUCUUGCUUAGAUUAGAAAGUUGUGUUUUCUCUUUGUCGGCCAACUUUUGAUCUUUAACCCUCUAAGCCCCAAGAUCCACAUACAAAUUCUCCAUACUGAUCUUCAUACAUUACUCUUAAGAACAGUUGAGAGAAUUUGGUUUAAGAUCAAAGUGUCCUCUCUUUGGUUAUUCAAUUUAGUAAUUCUCAUAACCUUUACUCUGGUUGUUAGGAGAAAAUUGAUGUUAGUUACUCUUGAGACCUAAAGGGUUUAUUGGCAAUACCACUCAGUGAAUAAUAUUUUAUUAAAUUCAAUAGCAGAAAAUAUUCAGAUGGACUGACAAGCAUUCAGUCAGACACAUCUACUCUAUGGCAGGUGUAUGCACCAGAGAAUGCCAGUCCAUCUUAGUGAGGGCUUUUUUACUGUUCUUACAUUGAAAACAAAUAAUAUUAUGAAGUGCUGUUUUGUAAAUGGUGUUGAUAUUUAAAACAAGGGAGUUUAAUACCUCUUGGCAAUUCAGGAAAGGCCUCAAUGUAAUUUGUAAUGGGAAACUUUGUUUAGUAUGAGUCAUGAUCAGCUCUUAUCCUUUGACCAAACAGUAACCAGGACUGGAAUGUAUAGCUGCCAUUGUUGUUUAGCAUUUAGCAUCAAGUUUUGUGACAUCAAGUUUGUAAUAAUUACUGGAAAUGUUUUCAAUUUAUUCAGUAUUACCAUUAGAGAUGAGGGAUUUUCUAGUGUUGUGCCUAGUUUUUUUUAACUACAAGAGAAAGGAUGAAGGAGCAAACAACAUUGUAAAAUUGCAAGAAUUCAAAUUAUUAUGUUUAGUUUUUAAAACCCUGAUGUAAUUAAUAUGUAGGAGAAAACCUUAAAAUAGAACAAUAAUAUUUUUGUUGUGGUAUGAAAUUAAUGUUCUAUGCAAACUUUGAUUUAAUCUCUGAUCCAAUUAAAACGUUUAUUCAUUUUUGAGUCAUAUUUACCAACAGUCUGUUGUCUAGGUACACUAUUAAAGUUUUGUUUUUACAACUCAGUUUACGUGUAUUAUGGUCUUCCAUUAAAUACAAGCAGGUAGCCACAGAGACUAAAAAGGUCUUUAGUUUAUAUUCUUGAACACUGACAGACAUUGCACUUCUAUAGAUUGGGUCUAGUUUGUAAAAAGGAAGAGACAACACCCUUAACUGUUCCUGUUGUAGUCUUGUAGUUGUUUCAACCUCUGACAGCUUUUUUCAGUAAUUGGUUCUAUCAAUAAAAAAUAAAAAAUAAUUUUUAUUUCAAAAAUCAAGAAGAGAAAUAAAGUAUCAAAAAACCUUAUCAUGUCAUCAGCUUGACACAACCAUUUUCAAUUAUGGUGGAAAAUUAAUCACCAGAACAGAGUUUUUUUUAGGGGUUGCCUUUAUAUUGCCAUGUUGAGAAUUCUUUUUGAUGUUAAUGAACCAAUCUCUUGCCUCACUCUGCUAGAUGGAGCUUAUGCCAGUAAUUCGCAACCAGAUCCUGACUUUCAUCAAGCUGUUGGUCCCACAGCUCAUCAUUAUCCUGGUUUGUAAUGUCUUUUUCCUAGACAUACUAUUUAAAACUAAUUUUAAAUCGUCAGGGGCUUAAAUUAGAUUUGCACUUUUGAUUAAGGAAAGUAGGCUUUUUUAUUAAAGAACUUUUCAUACCUCUGGAGGAAAAGUUGAUUUGCUCAGAAUUUUUUCUUGUACACUUUUCUCUUUUUUUUGUGGGGUUGGUGGGGGGGGGGGGGGGAAUAGAUGUUUUUGUAAAAAACUUAAUAUUUUAAUAGUCAAGGACAGUUAAAGGGAGGUAUUUGCCUCACAAAAGAUAGGCCCUCAUCUAACAAAAGUGGUCGGAUCACCGAAUAUCAAUAAACUUUCCCUACUCAAACAACCAUCCUCACAAAAAAAAGAGAAAAGUGUACAAGAAAAAAUUCUGAUCAAAUCAUCUUUUCCUCCAGAGGUAUGAAAGGUUAUUUAAUAAAUAUAUGCUUUUUUUGAUAAAUUUUCUUAUACUUAUUUUUAAAUAUUUUUUAUGUUUCGAGUUUUUUUUGUUUUAAUUUUUUUUUUUUUUUUUGGGUGGGGUGGGGGGGGGGGAGGGGAAAGUUGAGGGGGAUGAACCCCUACCCAACGCCUUGGUAGUUCAGGCAUAUUCCCUUAGCAUGUGGAUGUGUUAAAUUCAACGGGAUUAAACAGUGAACAAAUUCAUAAAUUGAAAUAACUAUAUGUAAUAAUGUAUCUUGAAAAAGUAAUGAAUUUCCCAUGUGGUAUUAAACAGCUGCUUUCUCAUUCCUUGUUGUUUGUGCACCAUACUGGUCCACUGUUGUUUGCACCUAUCAGCAAUUUAAUGGUGUUGGCUGAAAGAUGACAGUUGCUAAUUUGAAUUAUAAUAUUAUGUUGACUGGAUAUGUGUGGUUAAAGCCCUAAACAGGUAUAACAUGUUGGUCUAUAAUCAUUUAACAUCAUUGAAUUUGUUGGAACACCUCAUUGGAUGUUGUUGAUUGAUGUUGGGUCAGAUUUGAUUGAGUUUCAUCUUGUCAUCCAAGAUCAUCCAACUUUUGUCCUAUUUUCAUGCAUGAUGGCCCAUGUCAUUACAUGUGUAUGUUGCCAUGAUUUAACAACUUUCACAGUAAUUAUGUACCUGCACUUCUUUUGUUUGGUGUAUUAUUUUAUUAGUUAUACAGUGAUGGCUCUGCACAAGUAUAUUACAGUUUGGACAAUGAUCUAAACUAGACUCCACUUUGAACCUUAAAUCAUUUAUAUUCCUUCUUCCUGCAGGUAGCCAGUCACUCCCUGCUUCAGUCGUUGGAGGACCUCCGCAUCAUGAUAUGUACCCUGGAGUGAAUGCUGCUGGUGAUCAUGGUAUGGGACCAAUCUUCCCAGCUUUAUAUCAUAGUUGUCAUUUGAAAUGUAUAGUUGCACAUCUGCUUGUCAUUUGUUGGUAGUAAACAAGGAAAACUAGUUUAGUGCUUGAAAAAAGUCCUGUUUGAUUGUCUGAGACAAGUAGAUUUUCUUGCCAGGCAAGUAACUUGUUAAGGUCACUUGUCCAAUGGACAUGACUCCAGGCAAGACUUUUUAUAAUUUAUUUUUAAAUGUACUGUUAAUAAACUUUUGCCUGUAAAAUCUUUCUCCUGCAAUAAGAUUACAAGAAAGGUUAUUAUUAACUUUGAUAAUGUCACACUUUGCUAUAGGUGGACCACCUAGUUGGGGAGCAGUUUCAGCAACUUACACCCCUGGGCCACACCCGGGAAGUGGAUAUUGUAAGUUAGUAUUUCUAGAGUUUCUGUGGUAUGUAAUCCUAAAUGCCUUCACAGGACACAACCAUGAUUUGUCUGGCAUCAAUAAUCUAAACCCAUUUGCCCCUGGAGAUUUUGCCAUAAAACGCGUUUUGAAACUAUAAGUCAGUGGUUUUCUGGUAACUGUCAUGCUACAGUAUAAAGAGGCAAAACUUACCACAAAGCCAUUUACAGGUCGUACACUUUGCCGCCUUCUGAUUCAGAUGCAAAAUAUUAGCUUGCAAAGUUUGGGCAUGCUCAGAAAAAAAACGUUUUGGGUUUAAAUGUGAGACCCCUAGUGAAGAUUGACUUUUACUUUUCACUUUCUCUCCUCCCCUCUUUUUUCACUUUUCCUGACUCAUUUUUUUAUUUCUCUUGCUGAGCAUUUAGUAGGCUUCAUUUUGGUGGGAAAAGUUUUUAGGGACAUGGAUCCGCAUGGGCGGCCAUGGGUGGCUCAGGGGCAAAUGGAUUAAAACAAUAAAACAAUAAUUUUCCUGAUACAAAUCCCUCUGAGACUGUGCUUUGCUCAUUAUCAUCAUAAUCAUCAUUCAGCUGCUAAGCAAAUUUAAAAUGUAACACUAACAUUCUCCUGUAGUAACAAAAGAUACAACUGAAGAAGUUUCAGUAACUAACAUGACAAUAAGAUUAUAAAUUUAUUGUUUGAAAUUAUUGAUCAUUGGCCUUCCAUACUUCUACCAAAACACUUUUGGUUUGCUGAUCAGUACUACCACACGGCAAAAUAUUUUGUAAAACAGUUAGAUAGAAAAUUUUACUUAUUUUCUAUUAUUAUACUGAAAGAUAUUUUUUAAUGUCUAUAAAAAAGUUUAUCAUCAUGACCAUAUUAAAGGUAAAGAAAACGCCUCUAACUUGCAGGAAAAGACACUAGCUUCCAAUCUUACACUGAAAAAUGGAACUUAGCUGAAAGCAAUAUUUCCUACAUGUCAGCUUCUUUGUCUUUUGUCAUUUAAAAGAUCUGAACAAACUUGUUGGAGUCUCCUGUCAAAGCUUGCUUUUCUAAAUUACCUUUAUACAUGUACACUAAUGACGUUAAGAAGUCUGGCUGCCAGGUUCAAAACAGCAAGGCUGUUAAGGGAACUUGUAGCUGCACUGCAGCUGUUACUAUUGUAUUCAACAUAGCAUAACCUUAAAUUUUGAAUUGGCAAAUGACAAAUCUUUUUUUAGGUUGUUAUUUGUUAAAAAUAUUCAGAAUAAUGGGAAAAACAAGAAAUGGCGAGAUGGACAACCAUAAAUUAAUAUUUUUUCAGGUUGUUAUUUGUUAAGAAUAUUCAAAAUGAUGAUCGGAUAACUGGAAAAAAGGAAUUAAUGAUAAGAACAACCAUAAAAUCUCUUUUUGGUUGUUAUUAUUUUGUUAAAAGUAUUCGAAAUAGGAAAAAAGGAAUUUAUGAUAUGAACAACCACAAAAUAUAUUUUUUAGGUUGUAUUCAAAACAAUGGGAAAAAAGGAAUAGGCAAUAUGAACAACCUUAAAAUUUUUUUUGAGGUUGUUUUUGGUUAAGAAUAUUUCUAACAAUAGCACAGAUGGACAACCAUUACUGCAAAAUUAAUUAUAUAGCAGCAGGUGAAAGUGCAGGUAGAAAAUAAAUCUUCAGUUUGUCAAAUUUCUGUUUUAAAAAUUUUCCCCUUGGAUUAGCUGGAAAAGUGGUUGGUUAAGCAUUGGUAAAUUUGCCUUUUUAAUGGUAUUCUUCAGGGAUAACGGAGAAAUAUUUAACACAAUAAUUUAGAUGGUGUUAUGUGGAAGCAGGGUUUGCCAUUUGCAUGACAAAGAAUUUCUGUGGAUUUGCAAAGAAAAUGAAUCCAUGUAGAGGCUGGCCAAGACAAGAUUUGGAUGGCAACUGCUAUGGAAUCCAGCACCCUAAACCAUUCCACCUUGCAUGCUGAAAAAUAAGUCACUUACAGUGAAAAAUCUAACCCCUUUAUCUCUUGGACGUGGAAAAUUAAUGGAGAACCAACAAAAUAAAACCAAAGAAUCAUCAUUAACGAAAAGAAUUCAUUCAUUGUUUUUUUCAAUGUUCUUUAGGGACCCAAGAUGCUGCUGCUGACAUCCAAGAUAGUGCCCCUUUAUCCAAACAUCCUCGUAAGUGAAUGUACAGAUUUUAAAUACAUGUACACUUCCAUUUACAAGAGACGGAUAUCAAAAAAUUGGAAUUUCACUUGGCAAAAGACCAAGGGUGAAACAAACCUGACCGUAGGAAUUAAAUACUAUUGAAACGAGUACAUUGAGUUUAAAAAGUUUCUGAAGCCAAAUCAAUUGCAAGAUUAGCCUGGCACAGUUACAGUUUUAAGUCCUGCAUUUAAUCAUUUUAGUUCACGUCAAGUGUCAUGAACAAGCUAGUUUGUUGACAAGCUUUUUAGUAUUUGGGUAAAGAGGUGACUACACGUAAAGAGACUCGGAGCGAGAAAGAAGAAACCUUCUUUUGGCACAAAAAUCAAGUCAAGGUUUAUGCCCACAUAAACUAUUUUAAUUUUUUCAGCUUGAAAUGCGAAAAUACCUGUACGUUCCAGAGAGCCUCUAAAGAAAUGUAUCACAAACACAGCAGCUACCAUAUUUCUAACCAUUUUACUAAACAUUAUUCAGCGCCAGGUGUGCCUAAAAUCUUUUUUAUAAAAUAAUUUGGAGACACCUUUGAAAUGAGACUGAAUGCGGCUCUUUUUAUUUACUCGAUCCAUCUCGAGGUCACGUGAUCUUUUUCAGAUCAAAAUAAUUAUUAUGGGAUGAACUUUGCCCGUUCCAGGCUCCGAGUUCAUUUAUGCAUCAUCCCCCACUAUCCGAGAGCCGACCCGAGAGCCUGAAACAGGCUAGGAUGUUAAAUAAAUGUCAGAUGGAAAGGGCAUAAAAGGUACUGAGUUAAUGGCCAGAUGUUUGGUUUUAGAGUGUUAACAGUGAUAUUUUAUGGCUGCUUCUCUGAAUAUCGGACAAGCAAGUCUUGCAUGUCAUUCAGCUCCAAAGUGGCUUUCUGGCUUAUUUCUAUCACUGGUGUUGUUUAAGUUGUAGCCAAUAAUUUUUUUGGUGAUGCAAUAGCCUGCAGUGCAGGCGUUUUCUUUGAGCGCGCAAUUUGCUCGCGAAAGCGUCAUGUUGAAACUUCCCGAAGAGAGGAGGAAAUGGGGCGAGUCAACGGGAGCGGGGAGGGGGCGGGGAGAGAGAAGAGAAAACUUUUUUCUCCUUUCCCCCUCCCCCCUUUCCUUCUUUCGUCCUCGCACCUACCGUAAGGGUUACUAUUUCUACUCUCCCCAAUCUUCCACUGUCAUAAAAUCAAAGAUGGAGGCUACAACAACACAACGAACACGAACAAGCUUUUGCCCACCCAAAAUACGCCUGCACUGCAGGCUAGUGAUGCAAAAAACAAAGUACUUGAAACAUAAAUGAAAUUUUUAUUCGGCUAAGAGGAGACACCUUGUUUUUAUCUCAUUUUGUUUUUGUUUUUGUUUUUUCUUAUUUUUUGUACAGCUCCUGAGAACUGGUGUUCUAUAUCGUACUUUGAACUUGACCAGCAGGUCGGUGAGAUUUUUAAGGUUAUGUCGUCGUGUCCUUCUGUUAAGGUGGAUGGUUAUGUUGAUCCCUCAGGUGGCAGCCGGUUUUGUCUCGGCCAACUCUCCAACGUUCAUAGAACAGAUGCUAGUGAGAAAGCUAGGCUACACAUAGGUUAGUAAAGGUUGUGCCCUGUCCUUCUUAUGAAAGAUUAAAAAUAGAAAAACAUUUUACGUUUACAGUUUAAUAUUGAAACCUCAUAAGCUGUCAUGUGCGAAAAUCUGAAAGCUUUCUGACUGAGUACCUUCGUCCUUCCUUAGUGGACAUUUUAUCAUCAUCAUUGUAUUAUUUUUUUUUCCAAGGAGGCCUACAUGCAGUGCUGCGUUUGUUGUUAUUGUUUCUUAUAAGAAUACCACUUUUUUUAUUGCAGGGCACUGGGAGGGUACUGAUGUUGAGUCCGCAGUAUAUUUAGGGACUUCUUCUGGUUGUGGAAUUGAUUUAAAAUUCCUUAUCGAUGGAUUGGCCUAGCAGUUCCUAAAUCUAUCCCUGGAAUUAAGCUUAAUGUAACAACUUACUACACACGUUUUCCUUCCUUCUUUUCUUUUUUCUUUUGUAGGUAAAGGAGUCCAGCUGGACUUGAGAGGUGAAGGUGACGUGUGGGUUCGUUGUCUUAGCGAACACAGCGUGUUUGUUCAAAGUUAUUAUUUAGAUAGAGAAGCUGGGCGUUGUCCAGGUGAUGCUGUCCACAAAAUCUACCCUUCAGCCUACAUAAAGGUAUUUGAUUUACGUCAGUGCUACAGACAAAUCAAACAACAGGCUCACGCUGCCCAAGCCGCUGCAGCCGCUCAAGCCGCAGCCAUUUCUACUGGUGUAGGGCCUGGCGCCUUGAUACCGCAGAUCGGCAUGAGCGUGGGCGUCGAUGAUCUUCGAAGGCUGUGUAUUCUUCGACUUAGCUUCGUUAAAGGCUGGGGCCCAGAUUACCCUCGUAAAAGUAUCAAAGAAACACCAUGCUGGAUAGAGAUUCACCUGCAUCGCGCUUUGCAGUUGUUGGAUGAGAUCUUAAUUACUAUGCCAAUUAACGAGCCUCGACCGCAUGAUACAUGA